AUGGGGGAUUGGAACUUAUUAGGGGGUAUUUUAGAAGAAGUCCACAUUCAUUCCACCAUUGUGGGGAAGAUCUGGCUCACCAUCCUCUUCAUUUUCCGCAUGCUUGUGCUCGGUGUUGCGGCGGAGGACGUCUGGGAUGACGAGCAGAGUGAGUUUGUUUGCAACACAGAGCAACCUGGCUGCAAGAACGUCUGCUACGACCAAGCUUUCCCCAUCUCCCUAAUCCGCUACUGGGUCCUGCAGAUUAUCUUUGUGUCCUCUCCAUCCCUGGUCUACAUGGGUCAUGCGUUGUACCGUUUGAGGACCCUUGAGAAAGAGAGGCACAGGAAGAAAGCCUGUCUGAAAGCUGAGCUGGAGGGGACAGACAUCCUGGAGGACCAUAAGAGAAUUGAGCGAGAGCUCAGGAAACUAGAUGAACAGAAGAAAGUGAGGAAAGCACCCCUUAGAGGUUCCUUGUUGCGCACAUAUGUUUUCCAUAUCUUAACAAGAUCUGUGGUGGAGGUGGGUUUCAUUAUAGGUCAGUGUGCUCUGUACGGCAUUGGACUGUCUCCUCUGUACAAGUGUGAGAGGUUGCCUUGCCCCAACAGCGUUGAUUGUUUUGUGUCACGGCCAACAGAGAAGAACAUUUUCAUGGUUUUCAUGCUAGUUAUUGCUGGAGUUUCUUUAUUCCUCAACCUCCUUGAGAUUUUCCAUCUUGGGGUGAAGGAGAUCAAAGAAAGCUUGUAUGGAUACAAAUAUGGAGACGAUGAAAGCGUGUACAGGUCAAAGAAAAACUCCACGGUGCAGCAAGUGUGUGUGCUUACUAACUCCUCACCACAGAGGCUGAUGCAGCUCACACAGAUGAGCUGCUCUGUUGUGUCUGAUGCUCGUGGAGAGACCCUGCCCUUGAGUGUGGCCCCAGCGGUCCCUCAGAAUCAGGAGGGGCUCAACAGCUCCAACCAGCAGCCUCCACAGACGUACCUGCCAAGCCAAGCUGACAUCCAGGGUUUACAGCAGUUGGGGGCAGUGGAGCAGCGCUACACUCUGGACAACAGCAAGCCCUCGGGCAGCAGUGAUGAGUCAAAUGGUCCUCGCAGCUCAGCCCAGCUGCAGUAUGCAGGAACUCGACCCCCACAGAUGGCCAGUUCCAUGGAGAUCCCAGCAGCCCUGAGGAACCCGCAGAGGAAGCAGAGCAGAGUGAGUGGUUGUAAGGAGCUCAGUGACAUGAGUGAUUCUCCAGAGAGCGACCACUACCCCACAGCCAGAAAGUGUAGUUUCAUGUCCCGAGGUAUGUCAGAGGGCAAGCUGGCCACUCCGUCUGACAGCACUGAUUCUCAGAGUGGAACAGACCUUGAGGCCCAGCACCUCAACCAGGGAGAGAGUCCAAUUGUGACCCCACCGCCCCCAGCCAGUGGGCGGAGGAUGUCCAUGAGCAUGAUUCUGGAGCUGUCUUCAAUCAUGAAAAAGUAAAUUGAAAAUGACGUUUUUGGGACUAAGCAAGAGACACAUGGGAGUUCUAAAGGCACUGACAGAUCCUGAUCGCAAAGCGAAUCUCAUCCUGUCUCCACUUUAACUUUAUGUUCUCACAAUAUGUUUAUACAGUAUGUAUAGUGCAUGUACAAGAACUUCAGUUCAAAUAUGUUCACAUGACAUCUCACUGACAAAAUAAACAUAAUAAUUUGCUUCAUGUUCUGUGCAAAUGAUAUCUUCACCAUAUGAUCACUUGCUAUUUAGGGUGAUGGGUAGUUUUUAGAGACCAUAGAUCAAAUCUGAAUAAUUAUAUUUGGCUCAAAGCAUAUGUGACAGCUCAUAAAAUGAGAGCAGCAGCCUGUUGCAAUGAUGUUUGACUAAAGAUUGUAAUUUAACAUUGUGGAAUUGGCAACCACAAAAAAGAUGAGUGGACUCCAGUGUUUAUGAUUUAUCAUACAGAAAAAAGAGCUCUUCAAUUUCG